AUAUCAUUUGUCGCCCAAUUGUGUCAGUAAACGAACGAAAACGCAACGAAAAAUAAAGAAUACACUGGAAGAAGAAAAAUCCAAAAAAGAAAACUUUGUGGAAAAUUUAAAAAAAAAAUUAAUUUGGAAAAAUACAAUUUAGAAAAAAAAAACAGAAACAGAUCAACGAACGAAAAAAUGGUGUCCAUCGAAACAAUUGGUUCAAUAUUCAUCAAGGCCUUGAAAUUGGUCAUCAAUUUGAUUGUCUUGAUUUUGUAUCGCAUUGGUGAUGGCGGUGAGUUCUUGGGCGUUGGCGGUACAUGGAAUUUGAAUGAGGAGAAGAGUGCGGAUUGUGAGAUAGUGGCAUCGGGUGUGAUGGUGGGUUUCUUCAUUUACACUGGCGUCCAUACCAUUGCCUUCCUGUUUGGCACCACCAAACAUAAGAGGGAAUUAUCCGAUACCAUUAUGAAUGUGGUGGGCACCCUUAUGUGGGUGGCCGUGGGUGGUGUGGCCCUACACUACUGGAAGGGUUACAUGAAGGAUAACGAUUUCUUGUACGUGGCCUCGGAGAGACAAGUUGGCAUUGCCAUGGGUGCCUUGUGUGUCAUUGAGGGUGCUCUCUAUCUCUUGGAUACGGUCUUGGCUUGUAUACAUUACUCCAAGGGAGAUACUGAAUAUGUGCAGUAAAUUUUCGACAUGGGAAGAGGCACCUUUCUUGGAUACAAAAGCGAAAAAAAUGGAACAAAUUGUCGAGGAGAGGAAAGAUGCCAAAAAGAGAGCGUGAGCGAGAGGCGACAGACAUGGAAAGGUGUAUUUCUUUAUUUUAAGCCAUAUAACGAAUAUAUUUUACAAAUUUUAUAAUUAUUAUUUUCCGUACAAUAUAUCUAUAAGUUGUUGCCAUUAUAAUUAAGUGACAAUAGUUUUCAAAACUCUUUUUCAAUUUUUUUAAAGCUGUCAUGAACAUAUUUCAAUUAUUCAUAUUUUUUUUUCUAAAACCCUUGUCUUAAGCUCCCACAUAUUUUUUUCUAAUUUCAAUAAAACAAUAGUUUUUUUAAACUA